AAAAAAUGGUUAAUUCUUAGGGCUUGUUUAACGGUUACUCGCAUUAAAUAAUCUGUAACUUAGUCAAGCGCAUCUAGAAUCCGAAGAAAAUGUGAGUACUACACGUACAAAAUUAUUUCAGUAAGCCAAAAUGCGUUAAAUUCAACCAUUAUUGUUGAUUGGUAAACCGGUUUAUGCAGUGGACAAUUUGUUAUGGUCUGUAAAAGAAGCGUUUAUAAUUAUUUAUACAUAUAUAUAUUUAUUUUACAUAUAUUUUGUGCGUAUUAUGUCUGUAGUUUAAAUAAAAAAGCAGAUAUACAUUGUAAUUUUUAAGCAUGGAUAUAUAAUAACAAUUUCAUUUAGUUAGUAGCAAACAACAAAAUUCAAUAGCAGAAAAACCAUGGUCUAUACCGCAGUGUCUUCUCCUUUUUCUUUUCUUGAUACCUUUUUUAAUUUGACUACGUAUUAAUGGGAAAAGUUUUCAAAGAUACACAUGGAGAACGUGUCAUUCAUGCACAUGAAUACACGUAACUCGUAGAAAGAGACUCAACACAAAACUGUUUACCUUCUAUUUUUCUCUCGUUUCAUUUAUUGCAAUAUAAAGAGACAAAUCAACGAGUUAUAAACUGAUACUUUUUUUCUAAACAAUUUAGUACAUUUUCUUUUUGUUAUCAUGUACCUCGCUUUUGAAACUAUCUUAAAAGAAAGUCCACCGUAGUCAGUCAUUGGAACAGAAAAUGUACGAUAAUGUAAAAUGAAAGACCAAACAAUUAAGACUCAACUCGAGUCACCUACAAAACUCUCCAAGAACUGAUUUUCAAUUCACAGCAAGGUUUAUCGAUUUAUUAUUGUGAAGGAUUCUUGAUAAUAUUAUAUAGAGGUGUGACUAUAUAUUUUGACAGGUCAGGCUUUGGUUCAGUUAUUCUCAUUGCCAAAAUAUAAUUCUCAGAAAAAGGAAAUUUAAAAUGAAAUUAUUUUAAAGAAACAAUUUCUUCAAAGGAUUUAGACACAUUAAUUAUAGCUUACCAUAAGGGAUUUAUUUUCAUUAAUUACAUAUAUAAAGCCAACAAAUCCCUUCUAAACUAGAUUACAAAAUGAUAGAAACAACAUUAUUACACCAACUCAUUCUAAGUUAGCAAAUUUGACUCCAAAACUGGCAAAAUUGUACUAUAUAUAUGCAAAACAAUCUCUAGUACUGAAGCCCUUCUACUAGACUUAGAGUCUCUCUCUGGGUCACUCACAAGAUUAUGGUUGCAGAGAAUCAGCCAUUGAUUCUCAGAAACCCAACCUGAAGUAACCUUUAUCAAUUGGUCAAUAACCACAAAUGUACAGGUGGUCUCUGCAUAGUCCAUGUUCAGUGCUGGCUUUAACUUUCUUUUACACUAUUGUGAUUUUGCUUCAAUUCUUUGUAUGUUUAAUGAUUUUGAUUGCUACCCAUUUUCUUGUUUUUUGUUUCAACGAUAGGAUGCCUAAUGUGGUGGUGUCCCAAGAGGAGUUCAGGAGGUUCCAUACCAUAGACCGAGAGCUGUACAGCCUUUUGGUGUUCAACCUCUUUCGGGACCCGGCCGAGUCAAUGCGAGUGAUGGGGCUGUGGCUAUGGCUAGAGCAAAAGGGGUUCCACAGCAUAAUCAAAAGAAUGUUACCCCUGCCGCACUUUCUGAUAAACGAGCUCGCUGACGAGGCCGUGACUUGCCUCACGUUUCUCACCACACCCGAGACCCUUUUGGCUUCACUCGACAUCAGUAUCAGCGACGCCCCACUCAUACAAUGCCUCAUGAAAAAAGACAUCACAUUCCAAUUCUUCAACGACAAUCGCCAAAACGCAGCACAUGAGCUGACCAAGAUCAUCAACGACGUCUGUGUUAGAGCCUUCACUGACAUAAUGCACCAGGCGUUACUUCUCGAAAGCAGUAGUCAGAAUCAUAACAUGGUACUGCCCACGAUGUCAUCGUUUCACUCGAAUUUUGGUCGUGGUGGGCUACACUUUGGUGGUGGUAGUGGUGGUGGUGGUGGUGUUGGUGGUGGUAGCAGCAGCAGCAGUGGUGGUGGUACUCCUGAGCUAAAUGGGCCAUCAUCGGCACCAGCAGUAGUACACCCAGAUGAUCGGACCAUGUUUGUGACCUUCUCUAAGGGUUACCCGGUUUAUGAGUGGGAAGUAAGGGAGUUUUUCACAAGGACUUAUGGGGAUUGUAUCGAGUCACUGCAUAUGCAAGAAGUGCAGCCUAAUGAGCAGUCGCUGUUCGCUCGAAUUGUCUUUCACUCGGCUCCCACCAUUGAUGUUAUACUUAAUGGACACAGUAAAGCCAAGUUCACCAUUAAUGGGAAGCAUGUUUGGAUGAGGAAGUUCGUCCCGAAACGCACCAAAUCUCAAUUGCUGCCUCCGCUACCCAAUUUGCCAGCUUCGCUGUUGGAUUAGCUAGCUAGUAGCUAGUAGUCUUCUGUUUGGAUUAAAUUUAAUCAAUGUAACUCUUGUUAUUGAAAACUCCAUCAACACAUAACGUUUGAACUCUUCAGUUGUAUUCGCAUACCAAUUACCAAGUGCUCAUUUUAGCUUGUUUUCAAAUGGAAAUUCGCAAAGGCUAGAUAUUCAAUAAAAGUUUUCAUUAUAAUCGAAUCCUGAGUAAUAUUAUUUAGAUUUUUUGUUUUU